CAUUCGGAGUUCGCACUGUUUCCGAUUGGCGGUGACGGCCGCGAUGACUGGUCGUGACGCUGGUAGCACAUUCAACCUAUGUUACCAACAUACAUUAGCGCAUGACACGACAGCGAGCACGAGGACUAAACAGUGCGUUGCGAGAACCCCAUCAACGGGAGCGCACGGAGCUUAGUCGCCGCCCCUGUGUGCCAGGCACCUACGUACAAUGCCACGUUAAAAUUUAGUCUUCUCAAUGGUCCGCAUAGGUCCAACUGGCCAGGUUGUGCCGCGGCUUCUGCCGCUUGAAGUUCGGCGAGAAGCCGAGCGCCAAUGCUCCGUGGACGCAAGGCCUGGACCUGGCAGCAGUGAGCGCCAGUUGAGGUCCAGCGCGACCAGCAUCGCCGACGGCGAUGAGGGCCGGCAGCGCCCUGCCAGCCUCCUCUCGCCCGGACUCGCGCCCAGUCCGCCAGCCUCGAUAUCUGGCGUUUCACCCAACUCGCGCCUCCGCACCAGCAGCAGCGGCAGCUGCACCGCCGCAACAAGCAGCGUCGCCAGCAACACCAGCCUCGCCAGCAGCGCCAGCAGCGCCAGCGCGCGGCCCUCCGACACGGCGGAGGCCACGCCCUUCUCCACCGCGGCCGCGCCUGGGGUCGCCCAACCCACAUCGAGCACAGCGCCCGGCGCAUCGGACGCCGCGGCCGCGCCAGCAGCGCCGUCGCAGACGCACAUGCCCAUCGCCAGCCGGUCGCUGACCGGCCUUGAGCUAGCUCGCAUCGCGCUGAGCAGCUGCAGCCGCGCCGAGCAGCAGCUAACAGAAAUAAGCGCAGCCUCGGCUCUCAGCGCUCGCAGCAGCACGUGCUACCCAGGCAGUCCGGUGUGGCUACCCGGCAUUGGCAGCCCCGGGGGCAGCGGGGCUGGCGGCCUGACUUCGUCACUGUCGGCGCGGCUGGCGCCAAUGCCGUCGCCGCUGUCGCCGCCGCCCGCGAUGCAUCUGCCGUCUGCGGGGUCGCUGGGGUACUUCCGGGCCGGUGCCGGCGAGGUGGCGUCUGCGUCGGCAGCUGAAGCGGGCGCGGGGUCGGCGGUGCCGGGACGGCAGCAGCAGAGCCUCAUGCAGCAGCUCCAGCAGCAGGCACGGCUGCGGGAGCAGCAACAGCAGCUGCAGCAGCUGCAUCCGCCACAGCAGCCGCAGCAGCCGGCUCAGCUGGCGUCGGCACCGCAGGCGAGCGGCAGCCCGUCGCCGGAACGCCGCGGUGGCUGGGCCAAGCUGGCGGGGGCGUCACGCGUCCCUGCAGGUGCCGGGCCUCGGGUGGGCUGGGGCAUGGUGUCGGGUCAGCACAUGACCACUGGUGCCGACCGGCCAGCCAACGCAGGAGCGGGCGCCACCGCCUCGGCGGCCGCCUCCAACCUGGCCAUGCGCAUGGUGCAGGGACUGCAGGAGCGGGACGAGUUCAGCCUGGUGGCGGCGGCGAGGCAGCGGUCGCGGCGGAAGCCACCAGCGGCGUCUCGCAGCAUGAUCUUCCACGCGGCCGCGGGCGCCGCGGCGGCCAACGCCGCCGCUGCCGCCACCGCGUCAGCCGCAGCGGCAGCUGUGGCCGCAGCCGAUGUGGCCGCGGCCGAUGGGCACACUGCUGCAGAUUCCCCGGAGGGCGGCGCGGAGGCUGCAAAGCGCGCGUCUGCGGAGGAGGGCGAACCGGACUGCCCGCCUGAACUGGCGACCAGCCACUCGCUGCCUGCGCUGCCCGACCUGCGGUUCCACCGAGCCAACAGCUGCCCCUCGCUGCCUGCGUUCCGGGGCCUGCGGCCGCCAGAGGCCUCGCCGGGGGCCGCCGCACAGGGGUCCUUGCUUUCGCCGCUGGGCGCGCCGCAAUGGGCCGGCGCGGCAGCGGAAGGAGGCAGCGGCGGGUCUGCGGGCGGUGUGGCGUCGGCGGCAUACCAGGAGUGCGCCUCGCCAGGUUUUGCGGAAGGCGCACUGUCGCCGGUGGCGGCAGAGGCUCACGGCGGGUGGCCGGGGAGCGGUCAGUCCGUACCGCUGCCGCAGAUAGCGCUCACCGCGCGGCCGCCAGGCGCUGCUGCAGCAGCCCUCACCAGCAAGCUGCGCCGAGCCUCAGCCUUCGUGCCUGAAAGCCCUCGCCUAGGGCUUCUCCUGAGCGCCUCGGCUUCUGCUGCUGGCGGCUCAGGCGGCGCGCACUCCUCGAGCAGCGAUGGCGGAAACCUGGGCUUGGAGCUUCAUCCCGACGUCACCGCUGCGAUCCGGCGACUGGGCUCCGACCUUAGCGCCUUCUCCGUGGCCGCCAACCCCGCAGCAGAGGCCGCUGCGGCGCGCAGCAAGGCCGCCGCGGAUGCCGUGGCGGCGGCGGCGGACGCGGCGGCGGCGCUGGCGGCGGUGCGGGCGCUGGAGAGCCGGUACGGCAGUGCGGUGGCGCCGGACGACCAGCUGCUCGCCCUGGAGCAGGAGGCGGCGUUCCGUGACCGGUCUCGCAGGCUGCACGAGGCUCUGCAGGCCGCAAACCCCGCGGCCUACAGCGAGGAGGCGGCGGAGGCGGCGGAGGCGGCCUACCGGGCGCUGGCGGAGCGGGCCAAGCUGAGGCUGAAGAGCUUGUUGGCUGAUCCCACGACGCAGUCGGGGCCCAUCCGGCAGUUGCAGAACGCCGUGCGGGAGCUGAGUAGCCAGCGCCCGUUCUUCAUGUCGCCGGUGCUCCAAAGGGAGAAGGUGGAGCGGCCGUUCAUUGAGAACCGGCAGCGGGUGGUGAAAGAGGUGCUGUGGUCGGUGGACGACUCCAUCUUUGCGCAGCGCAAGAAGGAGAACGAGGCACGCGACCUGUACGACACAGAAAAGGUGAUCAAGCAGCAGCUGUCGCUGGACUGGCAGCGCAUUGUGAGCAAGUCGCGCUUCAGGCGACUGGUGGCGCGCGGCGAUGCGGGGGUCAAGAACGACGGCCAGUCGCUGGACGAGGAGCUGAGCGAGGUGCGGGAGGAGCUGGAGCGGCAGUCGAUGUUCAUCCGGUCGGCGUUCCUGUACUACUCCAUGAAGGACGGCACCAUAACCUCGUCGGACGUCCUCCAAAUGGGCGCCAACUCGUGGCUAAACUUCUGCAACGACGCCGGAAUUGUGCACCCGUCACAGCGCGGCUGCACGGUGCAGGAUUUGCAGACCAUCUUUAUCUCCGUCAACUUUGAGGAGGAGAGCGACACCACUGAAGCAGACGCCAACGACGACGAUGCGAUGGUUCGGUUUGAGUUCAUGGAGGGCCUCGUGCGCGCGGCGUUCGGCAAAUACAUCGCCAGCAAGAAAUGCACGGACGCCAGUGAUGCCGUGGGCAUGCUGCUCGAGGAGAUUUCCAGCGCGCCUGACUUCCCGCCGGAGGCAAAGGUGGAGCCAAAUGACUUCAGGCGCAACCGCUUCUACACGGCACAGGUGGAGGAGGUGAUAAAGGAGUACUACGAUUUGCUGCUGGCCGCAUUCAAGCUGUACAAGGCCCGGGACAGGUCACGGCUGUUCUGGCCGGAGCACUGGGCGGCGUUCCUGGACGGCAACAAGCUGCUGGGCCUGGCGACGGGCGUGGAGCGGCGCGAGGCAAAGCUCAUCUUCGGCUGGAGCCAGGCGCUGGUGACAGACGAGCUGCGGCGGCGGCAGCGCGCCGUGUCGCUGACCUUCUGGGACUUUGUCGAGGCUGUUGCCCGGCUUGCGGACCUGAUUUCGGCGCCGGACCACGAAGACAUUAUCGGAUACUUCAUGUCGGAGGGCGAGGAGCCGCCCGAGCUUGACCGCCUGGUGUACGAGUACUACCGGCACGUGGGCGACGCCGGCACGGACCGCAAGCGCGAUUCGGCCGAGCUGGUGGCGCCCCCCAGCCGGCCGCUGGAGGUGAAGCUGCGGCUGCUGCUGGAGUACCUGGUGGUCAGCCUGCGCGAGGCGUGGGGCGGCAAGGACGCCAAGGACGUGGCGGCCAAGGUGCUCAAGAUGGCCACCUACCUGUCGGGGGGAAUCGAGAUGGGUUAAGAUCAUGCCCCGAUUAGCAUAAAACGGUUGCUGCCUAUCGCGGCAGCUGCUUUACAGACGAGGUCUUGGGUACGGCUGAAUAAGAUUAAUGCGCCAACAAUUCAUCUUUGCAUCUCUGCCGGCAGCGCUAUGGAGUUGGCAUUCCUCAACGGUUGCCGGCAGUUGGAGGCUGAAAUUCGGCAUACAUGAAUUGUGGCGUAAGCGAUCCUGGCAUCCGCGGAGCGCUUUGCUGACUGCUGGUGUUGACCAUUAAUCCGUUCGAAGAUGAAUGUGCCGGAGGUUGCUCCGGUCGCGGUCUGCUCCUGUCCUUGGGAGCGAGAGCGCGUGUGUGCAUUCCGCAUUGCGUGCUCGGUUGCGCGUGUGUGCGCUGUUUUUGUUUCUUAGGUAUGCGGCAACCAGACGCUGUGGGCUGUGGCAAGUGAGAGCACCGUACAUGGCCCGACCGACCGGUGUGGGGCAGGUGUGUCUGUUGCACAACCCAGGUGCCUGCUCGUCCAACCCGGGUGCCUGCUCGUGGGUCGUAUCAUACUGUCUUACCGGCACGCCUGCGGCGGCACGUCUGCGGAGAUGCCUCCCAGUACGAUGCACGCUGGCCUCAUCACUCUCACAGAAGGGGUACAGCAAGCAAUGUGGUAUGGAGUAGCAUUUAGGCAGCUGCGUGCGUCACUUGGCUUUUGCCAAUGUGGCGGGGUAGGUGCGUGGACGCGCACGCAAGAAGGUGGGAGGCGUAGUAUCCUGCACUGCACAAUGACUGGUGUAGAUUGCAUGGUGCGCCUUAUUAAUAGGCACAUAACAAUGCCGCUGUGAGUGUGUGCGGCUGUACUGCUCACCACAUAACGGGCUUGUGACGGGCAAAACGCGUGGCAUAAAUAGCUAGUAAUCGCUGAGCGCUGCCCUGAAGCUAGACGGAAGUAACCUUGUACGGAAAGGUGUGGAUUGCAUAUGAAGUAAAUGUCAUUUGCUAUGCGGCGACGUCCGCUCUAUUGCAUCCGUUGUCUGUCUUUUGAUGAUGUUCAGCGUUGCGUGUGCGUUCGCCGCAAGAGGCGAUGAUCUUUCCUAGUGCAUCAGCUCGGAUGUGCGGUGGACGCGGACUCCUGUGCAUCAUCAAUAUUACCGCCUCGGCACAUUUUGGGACAAGGACUGCGGGCAGGGAAUCAUGGCCGUCAGGUGACCGGGGCAUACAGAGUGGUGAGCCAGGGCUUCUUGCAAGCCUCGAUACAGGCUGUGUGGCUCCAAUUAAUCCGUUUUAGUACAUUGCGCUGAAGUGUCGACUGGGGGUUCAUGGUUUGAUCUUGGUGCGACUACCUCUACAUACCGUAUCACCCCCUGCACUGCGCGGGUUUAGUGUGAGGUGCGAAGGCAGGUACGGCAGGGGCGUGUGGCAGCAUCCACAGGCGCGGCAUGCCUGGUUUGGCACGGCGCUUCCUGAAGGCAUCCCACUGUCGCAAUAAAGGCUCAAACCGGACAGUGUGACGGUGUCGCCUGAGCAGCGCCGUUGUGGCCUUGCCGGGCUGUGGCUGAGCGGCUGAGGUGCCGGCUCGCCGUGAGGCAGCAGGGCUGGAAAGAGCUGCCUGUGCUGGAUGGGAAUACUUCAAAGGUCAUGGCGGGGCUUUCCGUGUAGCAUGGAUUGAUGUGGGAAUAGCGACACGAGUGAUGGGCGCCAGGCUUGGCGCGGUGCCUUCUACUGCGCAACGGACGCAGGGGCGAUCAAUUUGGAGCCGCACCAUGGCGUAGGGUUGAAACCAUAUACGGUACAGCAUGUUACUUAAUACUAGUACAGCUUUGGCUGGGGCUUUGGGCGCAUGAUGCACAACGGUAUUGUACGUGCAGUUUUGGGGCAGCAGUGCCCUAACCGUGCAUUGUGACUCGCCUAUGACUGUGCGAUGCCUAUGCACGAGCGAGGGACAUGCGCUUGUCUGCCUGUGCUUCGUGCCGGAAGUAAGAGUGCUUGGUGUCCUGAUGGGUUCGGCUGAGCGGUGAAGCCCUUGGCGGGAACACAGCUGGCCCCUGAAGAUUGCACUGGUGAUAAGAGGGACGUGAAGCCUGAUGCUUAGCUGCUCUAUUUACCAGGGUCCGCUAUGACUCAACUUUAUUACACGGGGGAUGUGUGCAGGACUGGACAUAGCGGUGCGCUUGUGCGUGCUUGCGGGCAGGCCUGCGGGGCAGGGGUGGUGGACGGGGUAACGGAGCUACACAGUCACCGUGCGCCACUCCGCCCGUCCCUGCCACUUGGACGCCUGAUAACUUGGUUUGUCUCCUAACAUAAGCCUUGUAACUUGUCACGAAU